AUGGCUAAGCGCAAGGCUACCUGGUGCCACUGGUGCCGGAUCCCCGGCCACAAGCAAGAUGCAUGCCGUCAUUAUCAGGCGUAUUGCGUGGGUGUCAGACAUGCCAUCGAGGCUACCACCCGCCCUGCUCGCCGAAACAAUCGCACCCCACACCCAUCUUCAGAGGAAGGUCCAAGCCAGAAGAAGGCUCGCUAUGGCAACGACAACAAGCACGAUGCAGAUGCUUCUGCCACCAUGCCUGCGGUGGACCGCGAGGCGCGUACAGGCCUUGCACCAUCCCCUCCAGCCCGUGACGACCCUCUACCUGCCCGUCCUGUCUCUCUGUUGCAAUCCUCCCACGCCAAAGUCGACCAUGAUGUGUCCAUGACCCCCUUCGCCGGCUCCCCCGUCGACACGGUGCACCGCUCAGGCAAUCAGCGCACUCCCACUCCAGAUGCCGAGCUAUUUGCGAGUCUCGGACCACUGAGCGAGGCCGAACGACAGCUUAUGCAGAGAACAAUCCUCGAAUACAGAUGGAGAUCGAGACCCAUGCAGGCCUCGAGCAAUGGAAGCCAGAUCAAGAACGAACGAGCUCGGUCUUCCGGCCGGGUUUAUUCACUCCUCAAUCCCAAGCUGGAGGACAAUUGA